GUAAUUAGUUAUCGCGCAGUAUGCGUGCGUGCGGAACCGCCCGCAUGAAUCAAUGCACGCAUAGCUCAAGGUGGCUCGGGCGGACGUUGUCCAUAAUAUGAUAGUUCGUGCCUCUGAAUCUGUGGAAUCGACUGUAGUUUAGUUGCAUACGUUCUGCGUUAGCCGGGGCAACGACCACAUUUCCAGCCAAACUUCUCUGAGCCGCUGCUGAACUGAGCUCCAACUGAGGUCGGCGACUAACCAAGCUUAGGGCCGCCGCCGUGGACUUCGCGGCGGGCCAAAAAUGUCGCUGCUCGGCACCUUGCCGGCUCCCCAGCAAAAGCACGCAGCCCCGAUCGCUCCGGUGCCUGCUUCUGCGGCAAUAGUUUCAGCUUCAUUCAAGGAGCCUCCGCCUUAUUUGCGGCGCAAGGGCUGGGUGCCCCGGCGAGCUGAGGACUUCGGAGAUGGCGGAGCCUUUCCCGAAAUUCAUGUGGCACAGUAUCCACUUGACAUGGGCAAGGGCAGCACUGGCGGCAAGCAGCAGCUAGCAAUCAGCGUUAACGAGAAGGGCGAGAUCAAUUACGAUGCGGUGGUCAAGCAGGGGCAGAACAAGGACCGCGUAGUGCACUCAGACCAUGGCGCACUUGUGCCGAAGGUGGACCGGCUCAGCAAAGAGGCGCUCGCACGGCCCGAUGAGGAGGAUGUGGAGAAGACGGUUGCGGAGACGGCGGCUGCGCUGGAGCGGGUGGUGCAGGGCAAGCUGUCCAGCGUCAACCCUACCAAGCUGCCGGGCGGCCCGGGCGGCUCCACACUCAUCAAGUACACGCCGGCGCAGCAAGGCGCGCAGUACGCCAGCGGCGCGGGCCAGCGCAUCAUCAAGAUGCAGGACCUGCCGGUGGACCCGCUGGAGCCGCCCAAGUUCCGGCACGUCAAGGUGCCGCGCGGCCCCGGCUCGCCGCCCGUGCCCGUGCUACACUCGCCGCCGCGGCCGCUGACAGUGAAGGACCAGCAGGACUGGAAGAUCCCGCCCUCCAUCUCCAACUGGAAGAACCCCAAGGGUUACACCAUCCCGCUGGACAAGCGCCUGGCUGCGGAUGGGCGCGGGCUGCAGCAGACGCAGAUCAACGACAAGUUCGCAGCGCUCAGUGAGGCGCUGUUCACGGCGGAGGCCAAGGCGCGAGAGGCCAUCACCAUGCGCGCCAGCAUCCAGAAGGAGCUCGCGCUUAAGGAAAAGAACAAGCGCGAGACGGAGCUGCGGAACCUGGCCAUGCAGGCGCGCAUGGAGCGGCAAGGAGCGCCGGGCGCGGGGGCGGGAGCCGGCGGCUUGCCGCCUCCUCCGCCCUUGGCGGGGAGAGCGGAGGGCUCGCUACCCGGGCCUCCGCCCGGGCCGCCGCCGCGCGGCGCCGGCGGCCGCGCCACCGCCGCAGAUGCCUUUGACGACCACGAGGAGGACUACGACCGCCGCCGGGAGCCGGAGCCAGAGCGGGAGCGGGAGCGGGAGCGGGACCGCGGCGGCGACCGGGAGCGCGGCGAGCGGGACCGGGACUACGACCGGGAUUAUGACCGCGGCGAGCGAGGCGGAUACGACCGGGAGCGGGAGAGGGACGCCGACCGCGGCGGCCGGGGCGGCGGUGAGGACGAGCGGUACCAGGAGUCGGUGGCGGAGCGGGAGGAGCGGCGGCGGCGUGACGAGAUCCGCGAGGAGCGGCGGAGGGAGCGCGAGCGGGAGCGGCGGCUCGAGGCCGCCAACCAGGGCGGCGCCAAGAAGAGCAAGAUCACUCGCGACCGGGAGCGCGACAUCAGCGAGAAGGUUGCGCUGGGCAUGGCCAACGUGGGCGGCGGCGGCGAGGUGCAGUACGACCAGCGCCUGUUCAACCAGGACGCCGGUAUGCAGUCGGGCUUUGGCGCCGACGACUCCUACAACGCCUACGACAAGCCGCUGUUCGCGGACCGCGGCAGCCACCUGUUCAAGGCCAGCCGCGCCACCGCAGACGACGACGAGGACGCCGGCGGCGCGGCGGCGGGCGGGGACGCGGGGCCGCGCACCGAGCGCUUCAAGCCCGACAAGGGCUUCCAGGGCGCGGAGGGGGCGCCCGGGGCUGGUGGCGGCCGCGGUGGUGGCGGGCGGCUGGAGUUCGAGCGGCAGCAGGCGGAGGAGGCGGACCCUUUUGGCCUCGACCAGUUCCUCAGCGAGGUCAAGGGCGGCGGCCGCGACCGCGGCGGCAAGGGCAAUGCCCUGGACGCCAUCGGCAAGCGCGGCGGCAUGAGUGCGGCGGGCGGCGGCGCCUCACUGGACGACCUGGCGGGCGCGGGCGCGGGCAUGGGCCGCCGCAUGCAGUUCACCAGCGGCAAGGGGUAGUGGUGCGAGCCGUGAUGGCUGCAGCGCGGUGCAGAGGGCGCGGGUGGAGGGCGCAGGUCUGGGGUGGAGGUUAGGAGGUGGAAGAGAGGAAGUUGGGGAGGGGCUGUGCGGGUGCGUUGGACGAGGGGUUGGAGUCAGAGGGGUGCGGCGUGUGAGGAGUGGAGCUGGUUCCAGGCGGACGCGGCGAGGUCAAGGUAGGUGCCUUCACGGGCAGGUAGGUAGGCAGGCGCUGGGAACGGAGGCGCCUGGCGUACUCGUGUGCUGGCGCUAUUGCUGUGGGAACAUGUGCUGAGGCAGGAGAGGGCUUCUCUCUCUGCCGGACCUACACAGCGCUGUUGUGCGCAUGCCCGGUGCCUUGUAGGCGGCGCGCAUGUUGUAACAUAUAGACCAU